GAUCUAUUUUUAUAUAAAUUAAAUUAAGCAUUUUAUUUAACUAGGAAUUCCUUUAAAUUUAGUAUUAUCCAUUAGCUGUAAUUUAGCUCAUUUAAGAUUAUGCUAGCGAAAAACUCCAUAACUUUAACCAUUGUAAAGGUAAAAAUGUUUAAAAAGAUUCCCUCCUAAAUAAAUCUAUGCAUGAGAAAUGGGAUUGUGUAAUGAAUGACAAUAUGUCCGACUUGUAUCGUUUAUAUUUUUUUAGCCAGCGACGACAAUUCUGACUCUGAUGGUUGUACUGGUUUUAGUGCCGUAGAAAUCAUUGAACCUACACCUUCUGUUGUUGAAAUUUUAGCUGCCAUGGCUUUAGGGCCCAUGCUGGCUGUUCCGUCAGUUGAUCAGCCAGCAACGUUAACUGUUUCAGACUUUAAUGUUUUUACUGAUCUAAAAGAAUUGGCAUUGGCAGAAAUUAAGGCACGAUCCUUAGAAUUAACUCCUCGUAAUUUAGAUGUAAUACCUGAGGAAACGGGAGAUACUACAAUUCCAAUAGAGACUAUUUCAACUUCUGCAAACGAAACAAACGAGCCAUUAACGAUCAAUUUAACAAUAGCCCCAGCAUUGGAAUUCAAUACUGUUGGAAGUAACAAAGAAAUUUUAGAUAUAAAUUCGUCUGAAAUAUCCUCAUCUAGCACAGAAUCUGUAAUUUGCUCUACUGAUGAACCUAUAAUCGAAGCAACCGAUGUCUCCGCAAGAAACAAAACAAGUGAUGAUAUCACACUUACAAAAGACCAAGAACUGAAGGAAACGUCAGCGAAUGAAAAUAUAUCAUAUUCUUCAACAUUUAAAAGCACAAAAUCCAUUUCAGAGAAAUCGCAUUUAGACAUUGAUUCAAAUACAGCAGCAGCAAACAUGGAUGAACCAAUGAAAAAGGGUUCCAUAAGUGAUGAUCAUUAUGUAGAGACACUUUCAGCAGCAACAGAACUACAAUCUACCUCUGAAUUAAUCAACAAUAAAGGCUCAUUAGUAUUAGAGGAAAGUCUUUUAGCUGAUAAAACAAAUGCACUCCAUGAGCUGCACUCUGAAAUAAAGCUGCAAGACAUUCCUGAUUCUAUAAAUAACGAAACUUUAUCAUCACAUUUAAAAUCCAAUGACCAAGCCAAUUUUGAAAUGCACAGUAAUAAUGAAUCCAGUAACCAAUGUCAUGUUGGUGAAAAUAAUUUAGUAAAGUAUUCAACGCAACACAGUGAGAUAAUUGUAGGACAGAAUUCAUCUGAAAUAACACUGCAAGAUACAUCAGAUACUACGUACAAUAAAACAGCUUGCAGCAUACAAUCCAACACCAAGGAACCCCUAUCAGCUGCAUGUUCAAAAGAACCUGAAAAAAAUACUUCUAAUGAUGAUGAUUCAGAAAAUCCGCUGGAACUGAAUGACAUAGAAAUGAAAGGACAUAACACAAUUCCUAAAGAGCAGUAUUCUGAAACCAAGACGGAACAAAAUGAAACAGUUUCGAAAGAACAAACAUCUGAAACCACAUGUUCAGAUAGUAAUGUGGAAUCCAAGACUGAAGAUAAUAUAUCAGAUGGAAAUUCAAGAGUACUCGAGGACACAAAUUCUAAAGAGCAGACUCUUAAAACACAGACACAAGAAAAUGAAAUAGAAAUAGCUAAUUCUGACGCUACGAACAGUGAUGCAUUAUCAGCGUCUUCCAAUUUAAAUAUGCCACGCAAUAUUGAGGAUAAUAUGUCAAUUAAAAAUUCAAGAGCACUUGAUGACACAUCAUCUGAAAUGCAGACCUUGGAAACCAUGAAAGAACAAAAUGAAAUGGUUACCCAAAUGGUCCAACACUGUACUAAAAAUGAAACACAGAUGGAUCAAAAUGAGAUUGUUUCGGAAGAACAAACAUCAGUUUUAUCCGCGCCUUCAGGACCAAAUGUGGAAUCCAAUUCAGAUUUAAAUUCUGAACAACAGACGACACAAAAUGAUAAUGUUGAAGAACAAUCAUCUAAUAUUCAACAGUUUGAUUUGUCAGAUUGUACAAACAUUGAAGUUUUAACCGCGUCUUCAGAAUCAAAUAUGAUAUCUAAACCUGCAUUAAAUGAAAAUUCAAGAUUACUCGAUGAAACAAUUUCUAACGACCAGUCUUCUGAAAUACACAUGGUUCAAAAUAAAGCAGUAUUGCUGGAACAAUCAUUUGAUAUACCACUAAAAGGUAUCUCAGACUCUACGAAGAGCGAACCUUUAUCCGCGUCUUUAGACCCUGAAGAUUAUAUAUCAAAUAAAAACUCUAGAGUACUCGGUGAAAUAGAAUCUAAAGAGCAAUCAUCUGAACCACGGACAGAACAAAAUGAAAUAGUUAUGAAACAAGAAGUGUCAGAAAUAAAACUGGAAACACGGAUGCAACAAAAUGAAAUAGUUUCAGAAGCCGAUGUGGAAUCUAAAAAUGAUGACAAUAUCAGUAUAGAUUCACCAGAACGGACUAAAAUAAUCUCGAAAGAGCAGUCUUCUGCAAUACAAGCGGAACAAAAUGAAAUAUCUUCGGAAGAACAAUCACCGACUGCCUCCUCGUCUUCAGAAUCUAAAACUACGAACAAUACAUCAGAUGAGAAUUUUAGAGUACUCGAGGAAACAAUUGAAAUAAUUUCCAAAGAACAGUCAGCUGAACUACCACUAGAGGGCACAUCAGACUGUAUGGAUGCGGGUUCAGAGUCCAAAAUUCAUUCUGACAAAGACCAACAAGGACUUAAUAAAGAGCAAUCUUCUAAAAUACCGACAAAGUCAAAUGAAAUAAUUUCGGAAGAGCAAACAUCGACUUUAUCAGCGUCUUCAGAAUCUAAUACAGAAUUCAAGUCCGUUGACGAAACAAUUUAUCUAGAGCAGUCUAAUGAAACACAGGUGAAACAAAAUGAAAUAGUUUCAGAAGAACCAACUUUGUCCGCCUCUUCAGAUGCAAAUGUGGAAUCCACAACUGAAAAAAUUUCAUCAAUUGAAAAUACGAUAGUAAUCGACGAUAUAACUUAUAAUUUUCAAAAUGAAAUAGUUCCGGAUGAGCAACCAACAGCAUUGCCCUCGUCUUCAAAAUCAACUGUGGAAUCUAAAACUGAGGAAAAUACAACAGAUGAAAAGUCAAGUGUUCUCGACGAAACAAUUCCUAACGAGCAGGUGGAACAAAAUGAUAUAGUUUCAGAAGAACCAACACCAACUUUGCGCGAUUCUUCAGAAACAAAUGUGGAAACUAAAAAUUAUGAUAACACAUCAGAUGAAAAAUCAAGUGUCCUCGAUGGAAUAAUUUCUAAAGAACAGUUCAUUGAAACACCGGUGGAACAAAAGGAAAUAGUUUCAGAAGAACUAAAAUCAUCUUUGUCCGCUUCUUCGGCAGAGCAAUCAUCAACUUUGUCCAACUGUUCAGAAUCAAACAUGGAAUCUAAAACAUCAGAAGAAACAAUUCCUAAAGAGCAGUCUAAUGAAAUACAGGUGAAACAAAAUGAUAUAGAUUCUGAAGAACCAACACCUGCGGUGUCUGCUUCUUCAGAAACAAACGUAGAAGCACAGUACGAACCAAAUGAAAUAGUUUCAGAAGAACUAACGUCAGCUUUAUCCGCUUCUUCGGAAGAGCAACCAGCAGACUCUUCAGAAACAAUUAUGGAAUCUAAAACUGGUGGAAAUACAUCAGAUGAAAAAUCAAGUGUCCUCGACCAAACAAUUCCUAAAGAGCAGUCUAUUGAAACACACACGGAACAAAAUGAAACAGUUUCAGAAGAACUGACAUCCGCUUUGUCCGCUAUUUCGGAAGAGCAACAAACAGCCUCUUCAGAAUCAAAUAUGGAAUCGGAUGCUGGUGCAAAUACAUCAGAUGAAAAAUCAAGUGUUCUCGAUGAAACAAUUCCUAUAGAGCAGUCCAUUGAAACACCGGUUGAACAAAAUGAAAAAGUUUCAGAAGAACCGAAAUCAGUUUUGUCCCCUUCUUCGAAAGAACAACCAUCAACUUUGUCCAACUGUUCAGAAUCAAAUAUGCAAUCUAAAACAUCAGAUGAAAAAUCAAGUGUUCUCCCCGAAACAAUUCCUCAAGAACAGUCUAAUGAAACACAGGUGGAACAAAAUGAUAUAGCUUCUGAAGAAUCAACACCUGCUUUGCCCGCUUCUUCAGAAACAGACGUGGAACAAAAUGAAAUAGUUUCAAAAGAACUAACGUCAGCUUUAUACGCUUCUUCAGAAGAGCAAUCAGCAGCCUCUUCCGAAUCAAAUAUGGAAUAUAAAACUGGUGCAAAUACAUCAACUUUGUCCAACAGUUUCGAAUCAAAUAUAGAAUCUAAAACAUCAGAUGAAAAAUUAAAUGUUCUCAACGAAGCAAUUCCUAAAGAGCAGUCUUUUGAAACACAGGUGGAACAAAAUGAAAUAGUUUCGGAAGAACUGACAUUCACUUUGUCCGCCAUUUCGGAAGAGCAACCAUCAGCCUCUUCAGAAUCAAAUAUGGAAUCUAAAGCUGGUGAAAAUACAUCUGAUGAAAAAUCAAGUGUACUCGACGAAACAAUUCCUGAAGAUACAAUUACAGAAGAUCCAAAAAUAUCUUUGUCCGCAUCUUCGGAUGUGCCACCAUCAAAUUUGUCUAACUGUUCGGAAUCAAAUAUGGAAUCUCAAAUAUCAGAUGAAAAAUCAAAUGUUAUCGUCGAAACAAUUCCUAAACAGCAGUCUAUUGAAACACAGAUGGAACAAAAUGAAAUAGUUUCAGAAGAACUAACAUCAGCUUUAUCCUCAUCUUCGGAAGAGCAACCAGCAUCCUCUUCAGAAUCAAAUAUGGAAUCUAAAACUGAUGCAAAUACAUCAGAUGAAAAACCAAGAUUCCCCGACGAAACAAUUCCUAAAGAGCAGUCUAUUGAAACACAGACGGAAAAAAAUGGAAUUGUUUCAGAAAACCUAACAUCAGCUUUGUCCGCAUCUGUCAAAGAGCCACAAUCAACUUUGUCCAACUGUUCGGAAUCAAAUAUAGAAUCUCAAACAUCAGAUGAAAAAUCAAGUGUUCUCCCCGAAACAAUUCCUAAAGAACAGUCUUUUGAAACACAGAUGGAACAAAAUGAAAUAGUUUCAGAAGAAGUAACACCAGCUUUGUCCACUUCAAUGGAAGAGCAACCAGCAGCCUCUUCAGAAUCAAAUAUGGAAUCUAAAGCUGGUGAAAAUACAUCUGAUGAAAAAUCAAGUGUUCUCGACGAAACAAUUCCUGCAGAGCAAGAAGAACGAAGUGAAAUAGUUACACAAGAUCCAACAAAAUCUUUGUCCGCUUCUUCGGAUGUGCCACCAUCAGCUAUGUCCGCAUCUGUGAAAGAUCCACAAUCAACUUUGUCCAACUGUUCGGAUUCAAAUAUAGAAUCUCAAAAAUCAGAUGAAAAAUCAAGUGUUCUCCCCGAAACAAUUCCUAAAGAGCAGUCUUUUGAAACACAGAUGGAACAAAAUGAAAUAGUUUCAGAAGAAGUAACACCAGCUUUGUCCAUUUCAACGGAAGAACAACCGGCAGCCUCUUCAGAAUCAAAUAUGGAAUCUAAAGCUGGUGAAAAUACAUCAGAUGAAAAAUCAAGUGUUCUCGACGAAACAAUUCCUGCAGAGCAAGAAGAACGAAGUGAAAUAGUUACAGAAGAUCCAACAAUAUCUUUGUCCGCAUCUUCGGAUGUGCUACAAUCAAAUUUGCCUAACUGUUCGGAAUCAAAUAUGGAAUCACAAACAUUAGAUGAAAAAUCAAAUGUUCUCGUCGAAACAAUUCCUAAACAGCAGUCUAUUGAAACACAGAUGGAACAAAAUGAAAUAGUUUCAGAAGAACUAACAUCAGCUUUAUCCUUAUCUUCGGAAGAGCCACAAUCAACUUUGUCCAACUGUUCAGAAUCAAAUAUAGAAUCUCAAACUUCAGAUGAAAAAUCAAGUGUUCUCCCUGAAACAAUUUCUGAAGAACAGUCUUUUGAAACACAGGUGGAACCAAAUGAAAUAGUUUCAGAAGAAGUAACAUCAGCUUUGUCCACUUCAACGGAAGAGAAACCUUCAGCUUUGUCUAACUCUUCAGAAUCAAAUAUGGAAUCUAAAACAUCAGAUGAAAAAUCAAGUGUUCUCCCCGAAACUAUUCCUAAAGUGCAAUCUAUUGAAACACUGGUGAAAGAAAGUGAAAUAAUUUCAGAAGAAGUAACAUCAGAUUUGUCCGCUUCAGCAGAAGAGCAACCUUCUGCUUUGUCUAACUCUUCAGAAUCAAAUAUGGAAUCUAAAACAUCAAAUGAAAAAUCAAGUGUUCUCCCCGAAACAAUUCCAAAAGAGCAGUCUAUUGAAACACAGGUGGAACAAAAUAAAAUAGUUUCAGAAGAACCAAUAUCAGCUUCUUCAGAAACAAAUGUGGAAUCCAAAAGUAAAGAAGUUUCAUCAAUUGAACAUACAAUCGUAAUCGACGAUAUGACUUCUAAAAUACGAAACGAAAUUGUUUCGGAAAAGCAACCACCCGCUUUGCCCUCGUCUUCAGAAUCAAAUAUGGAAUCUAAAUGUAGUGAUACUACAUCAGAUGAAAAAUCUAAUGUUCGCGAUGAAGCAAUUCCUCAAGAGCAGUCUAUUGAAACACAGGUGGAACAAAAUAAAGUUGUUUCAGAAGAACUAACAUCAUUUUUGUCUGCUUCUUCAGAAGAGCAACCAGCAGCCUCUUCAGAAUCAAAUAUGGAAUCUAAAGCUGGUGAAUAUACAUCAGAUGAAAAAUCAAGAGUUCUCGACGAAACAAUACCUGCAGAGCAAGAUGAACGAAGUGAAAUGGUUACAGAAGAUCCAACAAUAUCUUUGUCGUCAUCUUCGGAUGUGCUACCAUCAAAUUUGCGUAACUGUUCGGAAUCAAAUAUGGAAUCUCAAGCAUCUGAUGAAAAAUCUAGUGUCCUCGCCGAAACAAUACCACAACAGCAGUCUAUUGAAACACUAGUGGGACAAAAUGAAAUAGUUUCAAAAGAACUAACAUCAGGUUUGGUCACUUCUUCGGAAGAGCAACCAUCAACUUUGUCCAACUAUUCAGAUUCAAAUAUGGAACCUAGAACUGUUGAAAAUACAUCAGCUGAAAAAUCAAGUAUUCUCAACGAUACAAUUUCUGAAGAGCAGUCUAUUGAAACACAGGUGGAACAAAAUGAAAUAGCUUCAAAAGAAAUAGCAUCAGCUUUGUCUGCAUCUGCGGAAGAGGAAGAGGAACUAUCAGCUGAAAAAUCAAGUAUUCUCGACGAAACAAUUUCUCAAGAGCAGUCUAUUGAAACACUGGUGGAUCAAAAUAAAAUAGUUUUAGAAGAAGUAACAUCAGCUUUGUCCGUUUCAGCAGAAGAGAAACCUUCAGCAUUGUCUAACUCUUCAGAAACAAAUAUCGAAUCUAAACCAUCAGAUGAAAAAUCAAGUGUUCUCCCCGAAACAAUUCCUAAAGAGCAGUCUAUUGAAACACCGGUGGAAGAAAAUGCAAUAGCUUCAAAUGAAAUGACAUCAGCUUUGUCCGCAUCUGUGGAAGAGAAACUAUCAGCUUUGUCCAACUCUUCAGGAUCUAAUAUGGAAUCUAAAACAUCAAAUGAAAAAUCAAGUGUUCUCCCCGAAACAAUUCCUCAAGAGCAGUCUAUUGAAACACAGGUGGAUCAAAAUAAAAUAGUUUCUGAAGAACCAAUAUCAGCUUCUUCGGAAACAAAAGUGGAAUCUAAAACUAAAGAAAUUUCAUCAAUUGAAAAUACAAUAGUAAUCGACGAUAUGACAUCUAAAUUACAAAAUGAAAUUGUUUUGGAUGAACAACCAUCAGAUUUGUCAUCGACUUCGGAAUCAAAUAUGGAAUCUAAAUCUGGUGAAAAUACAUUAGGUGAAAAAUCAAGUGUUCUCGCCGAAACAAUUACUCAAGAGCAGUCUAUUGAAACAUUAGCGGAACAAAAUGAAACAGUUUCAGAAGAAGUAAAAUCAGCUUUGUACGCUUCUUCGGAAGAGCAAUCAUCAACUUUAUCCCACUGUUCAGAAUCAAAUAUGGAAUCUCAAAAACCAGAUGAAAUAUCAAGUGUUCUCGCCGAAACAAUUACUCAAGUGCAGUCUAUUGAAACACUAGUGGAACAAAAUGAAACAGUUUCAGCUGAACUAAAAUCAGCCUUGUCCGCUUCUUCAGAAGUGCACCCAUCAACUUUGGCCCACUGUUCAGAAUCAAAUAUAGAAUCUCAAAGAUCAGAUGAAAAAUCAAAUGUUCUCGCCGAAACAAUUCCUCAAGAGCAGUCCAAUGAAACACAGCAGGAUCAAAUUAAAAUAGUUUUAGAAGAAGUAACAACAGCUUUGCCCGCUUCAGCGGAAGAGAAACCUUCAGCUUUGUCUAACUCUUCAGAAUCAAAUAUGGAAUCUAAAACAUCAGAUGAAAAACCAAGUGUUCUCCCCGAAACAAUUCCUAAAGAGCAGUCUCUUGAAACACCGGCGAAAGAAAAUGAAAUAGCUUCAAAAGAAAUAACAUCAGCUUUGUCCAACUCUUCAGAAUCUAAUAUGGAAUAUAAAACUUCAAGUGAAAAAUCAAGUGUUCUCCCUAAAACAAUUUCUCAAGAGCUGUCUAUUGAAACACAGGUGGAUCAAAAUAAAUUAGUUUUUGAAGAACCAAUAUCAGCUGCUUCAGAAACAAAUGUGGAAUCCAAAACUAUAGAAAUUUCAUCAAUUGAAAAUACAAUCGUAAUCGACGAUAUGACUUCUAAAAUACAAAAUGAAAUUGUUUCGGAAGAGCAUCAACAUGCUUUGUCCAAGUCUUCAGAAUCAAAUAUGGAUUCUAAAUCUGGUGAAAAUACAUCAGAUGAAAAAUCAAGUGUUCUCACAGAAACUCAAGAGCAGUCUAUUGAAACAUUGGCGGAACAAAAUGAAAUAGUUUCAGAAGAAGUAACAUCAGCUUUGUCCGCUUCUUCGGAAGAGCAACCAUCAACUUUAUUCCACUGUUCUGAAUCAAAUAUGGAAUCUCAAACAUCAGAUGAAAAAUCAAGUGUUAUCCCCGAAACAAUUUCUCAAGAGCUGUCUAUUGAAACACAGAUGGAACAAAAUAAAAUAGUUUCAGAAGAACCAAUAUCAGCUUCUUCAGAAACAAAUGUGGAAUCCAAAACUAUAGAAAUUUCAUCAAUUGAAAAUAAAAUCGUUAUCGAUGAUAUGACUUCUAAAAUACAAAAUGAAAUUAUCUCGGAAGAGAAAUCAUCCGCUUUGUCCUCGUCUUCGGAAUCAAAUAUAGAACCUAAAUCUGUUGGAAAUACAUUAGAUGAAAAAUCAAGUGUUCUCCCCGAAACAAUUCCUCAAGAGCAGUCUAUUGAAACACAGGUGGAUCAAAAUAAAACAGUUUUAGAAGAACCAAUAUCAGCUUCUUCAGAAACAAAUGUGGAAUCCAAAACAAUAGAAAUUUCAUCAAUUGAAAAAACAAUCGUAAUCGACGAUAUGACUUCUAAAAUACAAAAUGAAAUUAUCUCGGAAGAGAAAUCAUCCGCUUUGUCCUCGUCUUCGGAAUCAAAUAUAGAACCUAAAUCUGUUGAAAAUACAUUAGAUGAAAAAUCAAGUGUUCUCCCCGAAACAAUUCCUCAAGAGCAGUCUAUUGAAACACAGGUGGAUCAAAAUAAAAUAGUUUUAGAUGAAGUAACAUCAACUUUGUCCGCUUCAACGGAAGAGAAACCUUCAGUUUUCCCUAACUCUUCUGAAUCAAAUAUAGAAUCUAAAACAGAUGAAAAAUCAAGUGUUCUGACCGAAACAAUUCCUAAAGAGCAGUCUAUUGAAACACCGGUAGAAGAAAAUGAAAUAGUUUUAGAAGAAUUAACAUCAGCUUUAUCCGAUUCUUUAGAAACAAAUGUGGAAUCCAAAACUAAAGAAAUUUCAUCAAUUGAAAAUACAAUAGUAAUCGACAGUAUAACUUCCAAGAUACAAAAUGAAAUAAUUCUGGAAGAGCAACCAUCCGCUUUGUCCUCGUGUUCAGAAUCAAAUAUUGAAUCUAAAACUGGAGAUACUACAUCAGAUGAAAAAUCGAAUGUUCUCAACGAAGCAGUUCCUCAAGAGCAGUCUGUUGAAAUACAGAUGGAACAAAAUGAAGCAGUUUCAGAAGAAGUAACUUCAGAUUUCUCCGCUUCAGCGGAAGAGCAACCUUCAGCUUUGUCUAACUCUUCAGAAUCAAAUAUGAUAUCUAAAACAUCAAAUGAAAAAUCAAGUGUUCUCCCCGAAACAAUUCCUCAAGAGCAGUCUAUUGAAACACUGGUGGAUCAAAAUAAAACAGUUUUAGAAGAACCAAUAUCAGCUUCUUCAGAAACAAAUAUGGAAUCCAAAACUAAAGAAAUUUCAUCAAUUGAACAUAUAAUCGUAAUCGAAGAUAUGACUUCUAAAAUACGAAACGAAAUAGUUUCGGAAGAGCAACCAUCCGCUUUGCCCUCGUCUUCAGAAUCAAAUACGGAAUCUAAAUGUGGUGAUACUACAUCAGAUGAAAAAUCUAAUGUUCCCGAUGAUGCAAUUCCUCAAGAGCAGUCUAUUGAAACACAGGUGGAACAAAAUAAACUUGUUUUAGAAGAACUAACAUCAUUUUUGUCCACUUCUUCAGAAGAGCAACCAGCAGCCUCUUCAGAAUCAAAUAUGGAAUCUAAAGCUGGUGAAAAUACAACAUAUGAAAAAUCAAGUGUUCUCGACGAAACAAUUCUUGCAAAGCAUGAGGAACGAAGUGAUAUAGUUAUAGAAGAUCCAGCAAUAUCUUUGUCCUCAUCUUCGGAUGUUGUAGCACAUCCUAACUGUUCGGAAUCAAAUAUGGAAUCUCAAACAUCUGAUGAAAAAUCAAGUGUCCUCGCCGAAACAAUACCUCAACAGCCGUCUAUUGAAACACUAGUGGAACAAAAUGAAAUAGUUUCAAAAGAACUAACAUCAGGUUUGGCCGCUUCUUCGGAUGAGCAACCAUCAACUUUGUCCAACUAUUCAGAAUCAAAUAUCGAAUCUAAAAUAUCAGAUGAAAAAUCAGGUGUUUUCGACGAAGUAAUUUCUAAGUCUUUUGAACCGCAGGUGGAACAAAAUGAAAUAGCUUCUUCAAAAAUAGAAUCUGAAAUUAGUGAGAAAUCAGCAGUUGGCGAUAAAACAAUUCCUCCAGAGCAGUCUAUUGAAACACAUGUGGACCAAAUUGAAAUAGUUUCAGAAAAACUAACAUUAGCUUUGUCCACAUCUUUGGAAGAUCAACCUUCAGCUUUGUCCAACUCUUCAGAAUCAAAUAUGGAAUCUAAAACCGGAGUAAAUACAUCAGAUGAAAAAUUAGGUGUUCUCACCGACACAAUUUCGCAGGAGGAACAAAAUAUAAUAGUUUCAGAAGAACCAACAUCACCUUCUUCAGAAACAAAUGAGGAAUCCAAAAGUAAUGAAAUUUCAUCAAUAGAAAAUACAAUUGUAAUCGACGAUAUAACUUCUAAGAUACAAAAUGAAAUUAUUUCGGAAGAGCAACCAUCCGCUUUGUUCAUGUCUUCAGAAUCAACUAUGGAAUCUAAAACUGAGGAAAAUACAUCAGACGAAAAGUCAAGUGUUCUCGGCGAAACAAUUCCUAAAGAGCAGUUGGUACUAAAUGAUACUGUUUCAGAAGAAGUAACAUCAGCUUUGUCCGCUUCUUCAAAAACAAAUGUGGAAUCCAUAACUGAAGAAAUUUCAUCAAUUGAAAAUACAAUAGUAAUCGACGAUAUAACAUCUAAAAUACAAAAUGAAAUUGUUUCGAAUGAACAACCAUCAGAUUCAAAUAAGGAAUCUAAAACUGGAGAUACUACAUCAGAUAAAAAAUCGAUUGUUCUCGACGAUACAAUUUCUCAAGAUCAGUCUAUUGAAACACAGGUGGAAAAUAAUGAAAUUGUUUCUGCUUUGUCUGCUUCUUCGGAAGAGCAACCAUCAGCUUUACCCACCUCAAAUAUUGAAGCAAUUUCUAAAGAGCAGUGCAAUAAAAUAGAGGUGCAACAAAAUGAAAUAGUUUCAGAACAAGAAACGUUAUCAUUACCCGCCUCUUCAGAAGCAAAUGUGGAGUCGAAUACUGAAAAUAUUUUAUCAAUAGAAAAUACUAUGGCAUUCGACGAAACUUCUAAAAACCAAAAUAAAAUAGUUUCGGAAUCAAAUAUAGAAUCUAAACCUGGUGAUAAUACAGAUGAAAAAUCUAAUGUUAUCGACGAAACAAUUCCUAACGAGCAGUCGAAUGAAACACCGGUGGAACAAAACAAAAUAGUUUCGGAAGAGCAACCAUCAUCGGAAGUGCAAUCCAGAACUGCGGAAAAAACGUCAAAUGAAUGUUCAAAAGGACUCAAAGAAACAAAUUCGAAUGAGCAGUCUUCUGAAAAACAACAGGAUCAAUCACCUGAAAUGCCUAUGCAUGUUAUUUCAGACUCAACAGAUAAUGAAUCCUCGUCUAUGAAUUCAGAAUCCAAUGUGAAACUUAAACCUAAAGAUAAUACAUUACAUGAAGAUUCGGGAGAACCACAACAGAAAGAAGUUAUUUUAGAUUCUACAGAUUAUUCUGAUGGUUCAAAAUCUUGUGAACAACACGAAAUUGAGGAGAAUUUAUCGAAUGAACAUUCUGAAAUAUACGAUGAAAUAAUUUGUAAAGAGCAGCCUUCUGAAAUACUGCAGGAGCAAAACAAAAUAAUUCCGAAGGAACAAACUUCUGAAAUGUCUCUUAAAGAUAUUUCAAACCCUACAAUCAAACAGCAAAGUGAAAUUCAAUCAUCUGUAAUACAACUACAAGACACUGUAGACCCUACGAUGAAUGAAGCAUUGUCCGGUAUUCCAGAGUCCUACGUACAAAACAAUACUGACGAGAACUCAUCUCAUGAAUGUUCAAAAGUACUCGAUGAAAUAAUUUCAAAAGAGCAGUGUUCUGAAGCUCAGCAGGAACAAAUGCCAUUGAAAGAUAUUUCAAACUCUACAAGCAAUGAGCAAAAUGAAAUAGUAUCAAAAGAACAAGCAUCCGAUAUACAACCACAAAUUACAUUAGACCCUAUGAAUAAUGAACCAUUGACCGAUAGUUCAGAAUCCAAUAACGAGCAUUUAAAUCUACUCAAUAAAACUGUUUCGAAAGAGCAGUCUCCAGAAACAGUACUGGAACAAAAUGAAAUCAUUUCGAAAGAGAAAUUAUCUGAAAUAUCUGUAGAAUGUAAUUCUAACUUCAUACAUAAUGAAACUUUGUCCGAGAACUUAGAGUCAAAUGCGCAAUCUACAAUUUUGGAAAAUACAAUUAAUGGACAAAAAGAUAUUUCAAAUCCUACUAUCAAUGGACAAAAUGAAUUAGUUUCUAAUACACAAUCAUCUGAAACACUCCCGGUACAAAAUGAAAUCAUUUCGAAAGAGCAAUCAUCUGAAAUAUUACUAGAAUGCAAUUCUAACACCACAAAUAAUGAAACUUUGUCGAAAAAUUCAAAAGCACUGGAUGAAAUAGUUCCGAAAGAACAGAUCUCUGAAAUACAACCGAAGCAAAAUAAAAUAGUUUUAAGUGAAAAAUCAUCGGAAAUAGCACUAGAAAAUAGUGACUCUACACGCAAUGAAUUACUAAAGGAAUUAAUUUCCGGAGAGAAGUCUUCUGAAUCACAGACCGAGCAAAAAGACAUAGUUGUGAAAGAACAGUCAUCUGAUAUACAAUUGCAAAUUAUUUCGGAGACCAAUGUACAAUCAAAAGUUGAAGGGAACUCAUUAGAUGAAUGUUCAAAAGAGAGCAAUGAAAUUAUUUUGGAAAUUCAGCAUUCUGAAAUAAAGCUGGAACAAUCAGCUGAAGCACAAUUGAAAUUUAUCUCAGAACAUAAAAACAAUGAUGAUUUGCCAGAAUGUUUAGCAUCUAAUGUGCAAAUUAAAACGGAACAAAACAAUUCAACAGAAUAUUCGGAAGAACUUAAUGAACAAAUUUCCAAAGAACACUUAUCUAUAUUAGAUAAACAUGAAAUUGCUGACUCUUCAAAACAUGAGGCAUCCAGCAUCCAAUCCAAACCUGCAGAUAUCACUACGGCUGAUAUUUCAGGAGAACUCAAUGAAAUUGAUAUGCCUACAACUAAUACAUCUCCCCUUAUGCCAUCAACAAUUAUUGAAACCAACUUGCAUACUCCGCCUGUACCAAUAAUAGUAUCGGAAUCUGAAUCUGAUCCAAAACUAUCAUCUGCAUCUGGAAAUGACAUACAGAUACAAGAUACUUUAAAUAUUUUGGAGGAUCAAAUUUCAUUAGAUGAUAGUCCUACAAUGUCUAGACAAUCCACUGUCGUAGAAAUUGAAGAAGACAAUAAUAAUGCUGCAGUCAACCAACAACCACAAGGUAAACACAAUAUAUCAAAGAAACUUCAACGACAAUAUAGAGUGGUAGACACAACACCGAGUUUUGAAGAUGUAAGUCCACAACCAAUGCCACAGACUACACCACCAAGCACUGCAAACACUUUGGCUGGUUUAUGCCAAAAAUUCAUCCAUGACAAACAUCUUUUGACUGCGCUUGAAAACCGACGACGUCGAACCCUACUCAUGCAUAGAUUUUUAAGUACCCUAGAUUUAUCACAUUCUACUGAUGAUAGUAUGGAGGAAACAAACAGGGUCCAUACUGAGGUACUAAUUACAGAAAAUCCUGUAGUUUGUGAGAGCUCUACAAGUUCUCACCAUGAUCACGACAGUGAUCAUGACGACUGUAGUGAUUCGUUUACUUUACAAAUAAACAAUCUCGAUAAGAUUUCAUAUAAUUUCAUUAAUAAUAUUCUCUUCUCAGAUCAAUUAAGUUAUGAUUCCAAACCUUAUGCUGAUAGUCGAUCUAACACUAUUGAGGAAUACAUUGAUAAUGAAAAUGAUGAAAAGGAUAUUUUAGCUAUUAAUUAUAAAAAUAAUUCUACUACUAACACUAUUACUACUCCUACUAUUACUACUACUACUACUAAUUCAUCC